AUGCAAAUCCAAGCCUUGAAUACCUGGCACCUAAAUAUCCUUGAAAGCCAGGAGCUUCUCGACUCCACAGAUGGCAAACGAGUCCUACGCACAGCCCGGACCGUCAAUUGGCGAUACAGCAAAUAUCGAGCUCAGGCUUCAAGCAUUGAGAGGGUGAUCUCCAAAAACCGCGAUAUCGUUCAGAAGGUUUUGAGGGAAAUGGUUGCUGCUGCUAGUCUUCCCGCGGACCAUGAGGUCUACAAAGAAGCUGGCAGUCAAGCUUCUGAUCCGGUUAAGACUAAAAUUGCGACCGCAUAUGAGCACAAGACCGAGGACAACACUAAGUGCAGUGCUGAGCACAAGACUGAAGACAAGUCCGAGGAGAUCAAGCGAUCCAGCAAGAAGGAAGACAACCCAGAGAAGCAGAUGGAUAUCCAGCCAUCAGAGGAGAAGCCUAGCGAGAUGACCGCCUAA